ACGCAUAAAACAGAGAGGCGUUCAACCGAUGCGCAUGCGCGGUCGAUCUGUUCAGCAAGCUUGCUCGCAGGAUCUGUCAGAGAACGAACUUGUACACUGUGCCAUACGAGAAGUCUUGAUUGAAACCGCCGGUGACUUUAGACUCGUUCGGACGUUCUGUAAGGACGUUGAUAAUUCGUCGAGCUGAUUCCGAAUCGCGGUGCGAGAGAAAUAUACUUUAAAGUUUAAACAGAAUCGCGACGCUACUUAAUUAUUGGAUACGAAUGAAAAAGUUUGGAUAAAAGUGCAAAUCACGGUCCUUAAUGUCUUCGGUACACGAGUGAUUUGAAGGUACGAAAAAAACUGUUUCCACGAUUUAAUCACGACGAAAUGGACCGAAUUUUCACAAACAUGGACUAUCGAAAACCACCGCAGUGAUUACACGAAACAAAGUUCUUAAAAAAUCCGUUGAAAUCCCAUGGGUGGCAACCCAACUCAUAAGUGGAAAUGGAAAUCACCUUUUCUUGAAGGAGCAACAGCGAGGUCUUGCCCAAAGAGUCAAUUUUUCUUUACGAGUAUUUUAAAAGUCGUCAUCCUACGCAUUCUAACUUGAUCGAUCAUUCCAAUAUUUGCAUAAACGUUAGAAAGUAUUUAUUUUUAAAAAAACGGGACAAUGGCGAGAUACGAGAUAAAAAAUGAUUACGAUCGUGAAAAUCGGCGGGAGGUCAGACUCACUGGUUACAGCGUACACGGUGAGCCGGUGCACAAUGGCAAAUCGAGAACUCUAGAUUUAACUAGAGACAUCGAGGAUAGACUCGGUAAUGCAGAAGAUCCUGAGCGUCGAACGAAAUCGACUAACGGAAACGCGCAAUUCGACGUCGAAGGAGGGACCACAAAAUCACCAGCCGUAAGAUGGUUGAAUCGAAAAAUCAAGAGAUCGUGUCAAAUGAAAUUAUUGUACAAGAGAAUACCGAUACUCGAUUGGUUACCAAAGUAUCGGAAAGAUUAUAUAGCCAACGAUUUAGUGGCCGGUUUCACGGUCGGUCUAACGGUUAUUCCUCAAGCUAUUGCGUAUGCAAACGUCGCAGGACUUCCUUUGCAGUACGGCCUUUAUUCGUCGUUCAUGGCAUGUUUCGUCUACACCAUCCUUGGUUCCUGUAAAGAUGUACCCGUGGGUCCAACAGCCAUAGCGGCAAUAUUAACACGAGAAACUCUUGCAAAAGCGCAUCUCGGUCCAGAUUUUGCGGUUCUUCUGACUUUUAUUUCGGGCUGCGUAUCGUUGCUCAUGGGAAUUUUACAAUUAGGUUUUUUGAUCGAUUUCAUCUCUGGGCCGGUCUCAGUCGGAUUCACUUCAGCUGGAGCAAUAAUUAUAGCGACAAGCCAGGUAAAGGACAUUUUGGGAAUCGAAUUCACAGCUGGAAAAUUCCUCCAGGUCUGGCGACUGGUAUUCGAGCACAUCGGCGAGAUAAAGCUUUGGGAUACUUUGCUAGGCGUCGUUUGCAUGAUCGUGCUCUUCGCUUUGAGGAAAGUCAAGGACAUUCCGGUGAUAUCGAAAGACACAAAAAAACCAACGAUUCUACAGAUCAUAGUUUCCAAAAGUCUUUGGUUCUUGUCGACCGCACGUAACAUAAUAGUUGUUGUCAUCUGCGGUGUAAUUUGCUGGAUUUUGGAGAAACAGCUCGGCUCAUCACCGGUCCGACUCACCGGUCACGUAAAAGAGGGUUUUCCAACAUUCGAAAUUCCUCCCUUCGAGGCUCGUAUCGGUAAUCAAACUUAUGAAUUUCUCGAUAUGAUCUCGGUGAUAGGAUCCGGCUGUUUCGUUAUACCGUUGCUCAGUCUCCUUGAAGGCAUCGCACUCGCCAAAGCAUUCUCGGAUGGCAAGCCCGUCGACGCGACUCAAGAGAUGCUUGCGAUAGGAGCGUGUAACAUUGUAUCUUCAUUCGUACAUUCAAUGCCAGUCAGUGGUGGCCUCAGUCGAGGAGCAGUGAAUCACUCCUCUGGCGUUAAAACAACCCUCGGCGGUGUUUAUACGGGAAUUCUCGUUCUCGUAUCUCUACAAUUCCUCACACCUUAUCUCUAUUACAUUCCCAAAGCUGCCCUUGCAGCUGUUAUCAUCGCUGCGGUUGUCUUCAUGGUUGAGCUCCAAGUUGUUAAACCUAUGUGGAGAACAAAGAAAAUUGAUUUGAUCCCUGCUCUUGUAACUUUUCUCUGCUGCCUCUUCGUGCGACUAGAGGUUGGCAUAAUGAUUGGAAUCGGUAUAAAUCUUCUGUUCCUCCUUUAUGCAUCAGCGAGGCCUUCGUUACGAGUGCGCAAAAUAACGAGUACCAAUGGUUGCGAGUAUUUGGCCAUAACUCCGGACAGGAGUAUCUCAUUCCCAAGUGUCGAAUACGUCCGUGCAAUUAUAAGUAAACAGGGAACAAAACAGGGAAACGCAGUGCCUGUUGUGAUUGAUUCAACCCACAUACAAGCUGCUGAUUUCACUGCUGCUAAAGGAAUAAAAAACUUGAUUGAAGACUUUACAAGUAGGGGACAACCACUCAUUUUUCACAAUCUCAAACCGAGCAUUGCAGCGAUAUUUAAAGGUGUCAAACCAUCCGCUUUAAGACAUUCUUCUAACGACAGUGAAUUGAAUGAUAUUCUCAAAGAAGUUUCAACUAUAUCGACAAUAUCAGGGAGUAGACACUGAAGAGAUGAAGA